AUGGACAACCUUCUUAGACCGCUCCGUCCGGUCGAAGGUGCCAACAUCGGAGGGACUACUCAGCAAGUCCAGCCAUCACGACUUGGGGCCUCGGCGGCAGCCAUAAUAUCACCGGCCUCUGCCCUCCACUCGCCAGCGACCACGACAGCAGCUACCACAACAACAACAAUAACGUCAUCUGGCAACACGCCAGAUUCCUCAAAGAAACUUACCUGCCUACAAUGCCGGGUGAGAAAGGUCAAGUGCGAUGGCCGCCAGGACGUGUGCCGAAAUUGUGAGCGCCUCGAGUUUGAGUGCUCUUUUCAGCAGCAGUCGCGCGGCCAACCGACUGCCCAGUAUGCUGCCAAGCUCCCUGAACGCCGCCGCCGGAUGCAGGCCUGUCUGAGUUGUCGCAGCAAGAAAAUCAGGUGUCUUGGCGAGUUACCCGAAUGCUCAAACUGCAGCAAAAAGGGUCUCUCGUGCAACUAUCCCGAACCUCGGAAGAAGCUCCCAGCUAUACCGCCGGGCCACGGCUCGGAUAAUUAUAACAUCAGCAACAGCAACACGUCAUCCGUGGACCACGAUGGUCAGUCAGACCUCGACAUUACCGGCUCCACGGGCGAGGCUGCCCUGGACCAGGACACCCUCUCUGAGCUCGUCGAAGACUACUUUCGCCAUCUAUACCCGCUGCCGUCCUAUGCCUUUCUACACAAGCCCACGGUUGUUCAACGCUGCCAGGAGGGCAGCAUGGAUACCCCGUUGAAACUGGCAAUCUGCGCCAUAACAUCUCUGCUUCUGCGACGUACCUCCUUGUGUCACGACAUAUGGAUCCAACAAGCCGAGCAGUCAGUCCUGCGACAGCUUGCGCAACCCUCCAUCUUCCGGCUGCAGGCACUUCUCCUCAUCGUUCGCUACCGGAUAGAGAGCGGCGACUUCCCUACUGCUUUUAUGCUGGCCGCCCUCGCCGCAAGAUCUGCUGUCGGAUUGCGACUCAACUUUGAGCGCGCGGAACUGCCACCGCUUGCCCAAGAAGCCAGGCGCCGCCUUUUCUGGUCCUUGUUCCUACUUGACGACUUUUUCUGCGUCGGGCUGAGGGAAUUUGAGCUCUGCCCCAAGGAGACAAUACAUCUCCAGCUUCCAUGUGAUGAAGAGCUCUUCGAGGCCGGGCAGCACUGUCGGACAGGGACAUUACAGCAGGAUCUCCUAGAAGUGCCGGCGACUAUUGGCCUGCGCGGAAUAUUCUUGAGGCUCGUAUCGACCAGAAGAGAAAUCAUGAGGUUCAUUCGCCAAGUAAGCCUACGUGAAAUACAGCCCGCUUCGAUUGCCACCUCAUUGCAACGGUUUGAGCAAGAGUUGGAAUGCCUGCGAGCUGGGCUCAGCCAGAGUGAGCAGUACUCUGUGUUCAAUUUGGCCAACAGCAAGACGCAGGCAGAAUUCAUCAUGCUGCACUUGUCGUGGAAUCAGUGCUUUUGCGAUUUGUAUAGACAGUUUCUCAGCGGCUACAGCGAGGCCGCUCCGAUACCAGUCAUUGCCGGGAUCCCACUGGCGAGGAGGCAAGCGCUACAGCAACGGUGCGAAGAGCAUGCCGAAAGCAACAUACAGAUGGUGACAGACUUUUGGAACAAUUGCAGCCGCAACUCCAUCCUAGAACGGGAUACGGCCGUCUGCGCGGCCGAGGGCGCCCGCAUCAUCCUCUUCCUCGCUAGCAUCUCAUCAAGUCGGCCGACAAUGGAGGCUGCCAUCAGAAAGGCUGGUGUGUGUCUGGGUUUUAUCACACAUUUCUUUAGUCAUUCUGAAGCAACGAAAGCCUUGCGUCACAAGCUUGAAACGGUAAUCGGCGGGUAUUCGGAUCGCCUGGCUGUACAGCACAAGAAGGCGAUCCAAGAGCCUGACCCUCCAGAGAUACGCCCAGCCGCAAGGGUAUCGCAAUAUGCCAACUCGCGGCAGAGGCUUUCCGUGCAGAGUCUUUUACUGCAAUCGGACUUUGUCGAUGACAGUGAUCAGAUUGCAGUUCACGUCUCGGGAGGCGGUGCCACGUCAAGAACUGUGCGAGCAGCGGCGCAGGAUGGUGAAGGUCUCGCAGCUGAUGCAAGUACCGAUGCGACCAACUUGGAUGAUCGCAUGUCUGUUGAUGGAGGGCAGGAAUAUAACGCAAUAGCGUCUAUAGGAGAACAUGAGGGACUCGAAGCGACUGGAGUUCAACUCAACCCAUGGAUGGGAUUUCCAGGCCAGGAUGAUGUCUACGGAAUACCGGGUUUGUCGGGAGAUCUCGACGCCGAGUAUUGA